GUCCCUUCCAGUUCUAUGAAUCUCCUAUACCUGUUCCCAUCCCCCUCUCUCAUAUCUAGUCUAAAACACUGGUCUCCAGGAUGCUUAUAGACCAUUACUUUCUAUCAACAGAGCUGGUAGGUGUUUUACCAACAAUAAUUAUAAUACAAAAAUGUAUAUAUGGACAUUCCUAAAUGUGGCAGAUAACUGUAUUAAGGUUCUUCUUGUAGUGCAGAUGGAGGCCUGAGUUGCAAGGCAGUUGGGACCAGUCGAAGUCCCUGCUGCACUGGGUUCAGAGAUCCACUAGCAGCAAUAUGGUUGUUGCUGACAAUAUUCUAGCAUGCUUUUUCUGCCAGCUAUGGGAAGGGCUUUCUUACUCUCUGACAGCUGUCUAAACCAAACUGUACUGCAGUCCUCCUGUAGAUAGUCUGGUGAAUGGUCUAGAUAGACUAAAAGUAUUGGGGGAAAAAAUAAUCCCGUGUAUGUUACUCCUGCCCACCUGCUAGCAUCAAAUGUAUUUAAACCAUUUCUGGCUCAUCCACACCAAACUGGGGAAGCUGGUUACAACAUGUCAGUGUCUUGACUCGGUUACAACAUGGAUGGAAUCGGGAAUGUGGGUUUUCAAGGCUUAAGCCUGGUUCCAGAACAAAGUUAGAUUCUCAUCCACACUAUAUCUCUGAUGUUAUAUUGUUAUCCAGCACUCCAAGGAACGGUAGUUACACCCAUGCUGAGGGGAGUGGCUUUGGCUUGUCCCUUUCUCUUUCUCGAUGUCUUCUGUGGCUGGCUUUCACCCCACAGUAUCUGAUGUUUUUCCUCUGGACUGUUGUAAAGUGACUGUGUGACCCCAUUAUUUUCAGAUGGUGAGAGUAAUGCACAGAAUAGCCAGGUAGGCAUGUGUAAAUCUGAGUGUUGAAGGUGGGGCAAGGAUUGAGGAAUUAGAGAGGGAUUUUUUUGAGGAGCAUCUGCAACACAUUUUGAUUCUAACCAGUUUGUUUCUGAUACUCCAGCACCAUCAUAAUUUGGGCAUUGAUGGUCUUUGAAAUCCAUUAUGGUAGAGCAUGAAGUCCUGGGUUUCUGAAGUCAUGUGGUGCUGCUUAUGCAUAUCAUAGGGAGAACCAGUCAAUCAAAAUGAGAUUAUUGCAGCCCUGGCUGUGGCAGAGAGCUCCAUAAAUAAACUACAAGCAUGUGUGCUUGUGUCAUGAAGUGAAGAAGGAAGAAGUGUCUAAAUAAGUCACAAGUGUUGUAGUGCCAUUGGAAGGAAGCCAGACUUUAAGGCAGCAUUCUGCCUUCUCCCUUUAAAGGCAAUCCAGCACCAAUACAUGCUGUUUUGUGAUAUAAAAUCAUGCUCUCUUUUGUUUACAAAGAACAUAGCACAACGUUACCUCCCUAUUGCCUAAUAUAGGGCAGCCUCAUUCCAGGGCCCCCAAAAACCUGCCAGCAGCCACUCGUGGGACCUUUGUUGGCAGUCUCAGAGGAGAAGCUAAGGAAUUUCCCUCUUGCUUCUAGAGAUGGUUCUGUUGGCAGGGUGCAUAGGGAAGUUCCCCCUGCUGUUGCCUAUGCUGUACCUGGUCUUGGCAAAAAUAAAGGACACCCCCUAUGAUUGUUGAAUUGGCAACAGUCACAAGCAUUAGGCCAUUGUGUUCAAACUUCGGUGUCUAAAAUUUGGCACCAAAAGCCUCCUUUAGGCAUCAGACAAAGGCUUCUGACAGAGGUGCUGAGCACUCACAAGUACCAUUGAAGUUAAUGGGAUCUGAGGGUCCUCAGCACCUCUGAAAAUCUAUUUUAUUAGGCGCCUGAAGAUAGCCACUUGAAUCUAAACAUUUUUGCCUUACUUCUUGUCUUUCUUUCAAAAUAGAGAGGUUUUAGCCCCCCCCCCCAACAUAAUGGCUGCAUUUAUAUGGAUCUUUGGAUAAAGAACAGUGAGAGAAUGGGAUGGAUCCAUCCCUAGUCUAAUGCCAUUGAAGUCAAUGCUGUUCUGCCGGGGUGAACUAUGUCCCCUAUUUCAGCUAUUUCCUUCUAAUAGAUUCAAUACAGGUGAUCCAAAUAUAGAUCAUUUAGAUUGUAAAUAUAGAGUUGAGUUAUUUCCUAUAGCAUCCUUCUCCCCAGACAUUAAAUCCCAGGCAGAAGGCCAGUGAUAGAGGGAGGGCAAAAUUAAGAGGGAUAAUCAAGGGAGAAAUCACUCUUCAUGUGAGAUGGAGAGUGAAAGAGGCAGGAAGAUAUAGGAAAGUUGUUCCAGUUUGCCGGAGCUGCAGAGGAGAUGGCUCUUGCACCAAAGGUGGACAGAGAAUGGUAAGAUUCUGAGAGGAGGCCAAUGCUAGAUGGGUGGAGAGAGGUGAUCGAUUCCAAAGAGGGGAUUUUAUGUUUGUCUGCACCUUGCACUAAUUUUGAUGCUGGAAAGUAGGAUAAAUCCAACUACACCACCUGGGGUUAAACGCUAACAGCUUCACACAAUUAAAGGCUGCAUGCAAAGUUUGUUUUUAAAUAUUGUGGAAAAGGGCAAUGCCUGUUGGCUGGCUGCGUUUGUUGGACUGAUGGUGUUUUGCUCCCAAAUAUCUGGCAGAGGAGGUGUCUGCUUGUCUGGUGGCGCAUUGACUGGCCGUGAAGACAAGGUCUCAGUUCAUUUGCGCCAUUAAUGGGAAGAAUGGUGGUCGGGGUGAAUUCAAGAGGGUGGGGUACUGCAGUAGGAGUAUAGGAGAGCUGUGUGUGUCAGAAGGAAACAUGGGGGUUUCUCCCCAGAAUCCAAGUCUCUAGUUUUUCCUUUAUGUGCACCAGGUACCGUAGGAGUGACACACAGCUCUAGGGCAAGCAGCAAGAGUGAGGAACCAGGAUGUUGUCAAGGCCAAAGCCUGGAGAGUCUGAAGCAGAUCUGCUGCGAUUUCAGAAUCAGUUCCUGGCAGCAAGGGCUUUCCCGGCAGUGAAGGUCGUGAAGAAAGCAGACAAGAGGCGAGGAGCUGGUGGCAGUGGAGAUGAGGAGAGACCCCAACUGCAGGACAGCAGAGAUGUGGUGUUACUAGAUGACUUUCCUGAUGUGCUCCCGGCCCUAAUUCCAGCACCCCCAAAGAAGUCCAAGUUCAAAAAUGCCUGUGUCCGCUUUGAUGAUGAGGAUCCAGAGGAGCGAUUGGAGUGUCAUGAUCGACACAUCACGGCAGUCUUCAGCAAAAUUAUUGAACGAGACACAAGCAUGGCAGCUGUGACCAUGCCAAUGCCCACUGGAGACCCGUUUCCCAGAGCGUUUCACCGGUCUGAAAUAAAAAAUGAGGUGAAGGUGGAAUCUGGAAGAAAAAGUAUCUUUGCACAGAAGAUAGCUGCUAAGAGAGCAGCUGAAGUGGCUAUGACAGCUCCACCUAAUGUUGAGACUAGGCAUACACACAGAACAUUAGCAGUUCCAGGUGCCGUCUGUUCCUCUGGAUCAGCAGAGGAGGAGCCACUCCACAGCACUAAGGAUAGCAAACCUGAUGAUGAUGUGAGCUUUCUGCGACCUCAUAUCAUAACUGGAGAGGGUCUUGGAAGCUUGGAGAGUGAGCGGGAAGCUCUGGCUAUCCAUGAGGAGAACCUACAGAAGUUGCACUCCAUGACCCAGGAGGAAAUCCUACAGGAGCAGAGGAGGCUGCUGGUUCAGCUGGAUCCCAGCUUAGUUGCUUUCUUAAAGUCAGGACGUGGUGUUUACGAAGGCCAGGAGAGACGAGAGAAGCCUGGACAUCCAGAACCUGGGACUGAAUCUCAGCAUGGUGGAGAGGAGACUGUGAAGGAUUUCGCUGUAGGGGGAUCAGGCAUGGAGGAGUCUGUGCGGCCUGAAAAAGAUACAAGAAUGGAAAUCACAGAAGUUGACCUUCCCAUCAAGCCUCAGAAGGAAUGGAUCCACAUGAACAAUGUGGAGUUUGAGAAGCUGGAGUGGAUAAAGGAUCUGCCCCACCCCCGGCAGAGAAGAACCAAAAAGGGAAUGCAAGCACGAUUUAGUUUGAAAGGAGAAUUGAUUCCUCCCGAUGCAGAUUUACCUACUCAUCUUGGUCUACACCAUCAUGGAGAAGAAGCAGAAAGGGCUGGUUACUCCCUCCAAGAGCUGUUCCACUUGUGCCGCAGUCAGAUCAUUCAGCAGAGGACAUUGGCAUUACAGGUGCUAGGCCAUGUUGUCCAGAAGGCCAAGGCUGGGGAGUUUGCCUCCUCCCUGAAGGGUAGUGUCCUGCGCUUGCUGCUCGAUGCUGGAUUCCUCUUCUUGUUGCGCUUCUCCUUGGAUGAUGCGGUGGAUAAUGUCAUUGCAGCAUCCCUCCGGGCUCUCCAUGCACUGCUGGUGUCCCCUGAAGAUGAGGAGUAUCUUGAUCAGACUUUCUCAUGGUACCAGGGGAUGGCUGUGUUCCCUUUCACCCCCAACAGUGAGGAAGAGGAGGAGGAGGAAGAGGAAGAAUUGACUCUAAUGGAAAAAACACAAGGGAAAAAAUCAAAGGUUGAAAACAAGCCAGAUCCAGAUGUGGCCCGGUAUGAUGUCAUCAAGGGGCUUCUGAAGACACAGUUUCUUCAACGGCUGAGGUACAUCCUUGAGGUGGUGCGACCAGUCCCUGCUGUAGUUCUGGACAUCCUGGAUAUUCUUAUCCGGGUAGCAAGGCACUCCUCUGAAGCAUGCAGUCAGCUCCUGGCCUGUCCUCGGCUGACUGAGACCAUCGUUAGAGAGUUUCUUCCUGUUCAGUGGGAUCCCCGGGUAGCUGAACCAGGCCACUUGCUCACCAGCCUCCAUGGCAUUGCGUGUGCCACCGCCAUGAAGUUAAUCAGAGUCCUGGCAUCUGGGGGGAGGAAUGCAACAGCCAUACUGCUUAAUAAAUUUGAGCUGAAGAGUCGACUGAGUCGGUUUAUAGCAGAAGAUCCCCAGGACCUGUCUCUGCGCAGGGAGGAAGCCAUAAGGCUGAGCACUGAGGCUUUCCGGCUGUGGGCUGUGGCUGCUGGCUAUGGUCAGUGCUGUGAUCUCUACAGGGAUCUCUACCCUGUGCUGGUGAAGAUUCUCCAGUCCCUGCCCCACUUGCAUAGUGAUUGCCAGGAAAACCCCACAUUUCCACUUUCCAUCCAGCGAGCUACAUCUGUGAUCACCCUGCUGACCUACGUGACUCAAACUGCAGGCUGCACGGCAGAGCUGCAGGCCCGGCUCAGCAGCAGUGGUCCAGGAGAUGGAGAGCAGAUUCCUCCUCCACCAGUCACCUGGAAUCAGGUAUCAGGCCUGAGACCCUUCCUGGAGACCAAUCUGAGGAGGUCUGUCCAAGAAAUAUCCCGGCUGGAAACCUGGCAAGCUCUCCAGCCUCUUACAACAACAUACAUCAUCUACUUGGGGGUUUACUACAGUGUUUGCAGCCAACAGCCAUCACUCAAUCCAAUUGACUGCCUGGAGGAAGUGGAGCAUUUGACAUCUGAGGUGCUGCUGCCUCUCCUCAGCCAGCCUGCCAUGCACAGAAUGUGGGAUCUGCUCAGGCCGUGCUCUGCUCUAUGCAAUCCCCUGUCCUGUUCCCCAGCACCAGAAUCUAUCCCCAGCAUUGUGUCUUUGAGUUGCACUGGAGGGAAACCUCAGAUGAGUUUAGUUGGCUCCAAGUCACCCUUCCCCUUCCUCACUGCCCUCCUCUUCCUCAUCAACAACGUCACCCAUAUCCAUAAAGGGCUGGUCAGCAAGUACACCUCUGUGCUAGACUUCAAAGGUCUGAAGGACUAUCUGCUCCAGAGCUGGCCCACCGGACCUCCCUCCAUAACCCCUUCAUCUGCCUGGAUCCUGCGGCAUGAAUACCAUCUGCAAUACUUUGUGCUAGCCUUGGCUCAGAAAAUGUCAGGUAUUUGUCCGGAUUACACCCAGCAUGCCUCGCUCCAUCAUUGUGUUGCCAUGGCAUUGUUAAGCCGUCUGUUGCCAGGGAGUGAGCAUCUGGCUCAUGAGCUCCUUUUGGGUCUCGCCUUUAAUCCAGAAUUCAUUCCAGAAGGGAAAACUGGAGGGCCAGAAGCAGCUGAUUUCUCCGAUAUCCUACAUCUGGGCACGAGCACAAAGCUGGCACAACCUGGCUCAGUGGCUGCAGGUUUCCCCAAACCCCACCGCGGUGUGUUGCUGGGAGAAUCAUACCAGCAUCUCCCUUUCAUUCGUGCCUGUUACCUCUCUCAGUUUGUUCACUUGGAGCCUGCUCUCGUCCGUUCUCAGGUAGCCUACCAAGGACGAACUUACCUCGUCCAGUCGUUGCUGCUUCCUGAAGUCAGAGGGCCUAUCCUACCUUCUGACUGGCCAUUCCUUCCUCUUAUCAGCCUCUACAACAAAGUGACUGGUGCAGAAACAGGGGGGGCUGUACUGAACACUCUUCCACCUGAUCUAGUUAACACUGUGACCCGGAAUCUGCAGUGGGUCCUGCUCCUGGAAACGUGGCAUGCCAGAGUACUUCAGAACAUCCCAGCUGCUGCCAAACUGGCACGGCUUAUGUGUGUGUUCCUCACAGGCGGUGACCUGUUCCUGGAAGGACCUGUUCAUUGCUACACAGCUGCCCUUCUCGCUCUCUAUUGCCAACCUAAGGUCCUGGACUCCCUGGAAUUGGAUGCUCCUCUCCCUGGCUUGGCAUCAUUCCAUGACCUCUAUAUAAGUGUCCUGGAGCAGUUUGAAGGAGUCUCUUUCGGUGACCCCCUUUUUGGAGCAUUUGUUCUCCUCCCUUUGCAGAGGCGGUUCAACGUUCAGCUGCGGCUGGCAGUUUUUGGGGAGCAUGUGAGCACCUUGAGAGCCCUGGGAGUGCCACUCAAACAGUUUCCUGUGCCACUGGAGCGGUACACCUUGCCUCCUGAGGACAACCUGAACCUCUUGAGACAGUAUUUCCGAACACUGGUCACUGGUGCGCUGCGUCAUGCCUGGUGCCCCGUUCUUUAUGCUGUGGCUGUGGCUCAUGUGAAUAGCUUCAUUUUCUCUCAGGAUAGCACAACAGAGGAGGCUGAUGCUGCUCGGAAAAGCAUGCUGCGGAAGACCUGGCUGUUGGUGGAUGAGGUAUUGAAAAAGCAUCUUCUGUACUACAAAGUGCCCAACCCAGAGAGUCCGAUGGGCAUCGACCUUUAUGAGCAGCUCCCUCCCAUUCGACUGAAGUACCUGCAAAUGGUGACCAAGAAGGAGCCCAAGGAGAACAUGCAGAUGUCGGAUCCAGAGUGAAGCAUCUCAGCAACGGGAGGACUGAGGGCUGGGAAAGGUCAUUUUAGACAAGCUGAUGAAAAAAUUAAGUGCACUCCAUGGGGUGCAAUGUUGCCUGGGCAUCCUUGCCAUAUUGGCAAAGGGAAAGGCAAAUGAACCCUCUCAGCACUGUGGCACGUCACAUGGCUUCUAAGGAUGCGGAUGACCUGUAUAUAGGCUAGGUGUGUCUAGUGCUGGAACUUCCUUUUGGAUUCUGUCUGACUUGCUGCUGCUUAGGGCUGGAGAGUGCGAAAGAAACAUGCCUGUGUAGUGGAAUGUGAGUGCAGACUGAUUUAAUAAACUAAAUUAAGUGAAAUAAAGUUCAAUCCUUUCUGAU